CCGCCCCGGCACACUCGGCCCCCUCCCGCCAGCCCAAGGCUGCAGUAUUGCAGCGCGGCGCGCAGCUCUCUGCGCAGGUCACGGUGAACAACGUGAGCCCCCCAAGGAGCUGCGAUCUCUCCCAGCAGGACUCCAGAGCAGACCCUGGAGAGGAUUUUUCCUUUACACAGGCAUCUCAAGGCAGAUCCAGCAGCAGUUCUACUAUAUCAAACACUGCCCCUUUUAAGGGAUGUAAGGGGAAAAUCAUGCACGUGGCUUCCAGAGCAGAGCACGAGCCUGAUGAUCUCACCGUGCUGGUGCACGUGAAACAGGAAACAGAAAGCCAGGCAAAUGCUAUUUGCUAACCACAGCAACAACACAAGUUGCAAAAAAACAACAACAACAAAAUGGAGAAGGACAGAUUCACUGGGCAGACGGACUCCAGGUUUAAGCUGUCACAGUAAUAACAAAAGAUUGUUCCCACAGUUUGACAGCCCACUCAGUGCGGGAUUUUAAGCAACAUUUACAUGGAAAUCCACAGGAGAUUCAAUAAUAGAGCUCUUUCUUGAAUGGAAAAUAAGGUGCGUUGUUCCUACACCUGGAAAAAAAAUUAGAGGAAUUGCCAUCCAUUGCUACAAAACGAGACCGCUUCUGAGUUGGUUUCAAACACGUCUCCUCAUACACUUACAAGAUCAACCUUCGCUGUGCAGCUGCUUUGAAUUCAGAUCAGGAAGGAUUUUACCAAAGGGGAGGCAUGGUAUUCUGCUACCUGAAGUGGUUUAUAGGCUUUGUCAGUAGGGAUGUCCUCACAAAAGCUUCAAGGAGCAGUAACAGAAGCACCUCUUUGGUAUGGAGAUGCUGCUAUCACAGGACUCCAGGAAGCUUCCUGGAUCCUGAGAUGAGAGCAUUUCUGGAGGAGAACACUGAAGUCAGUAGCAGUGGGCACCUCACACCUGAGAUACGACUGCGACUUCUGACGCCUCGCUGCAGAUUCUGGCAGGAAAGAGCUGACUUGUGGCCUUAUGGCGACCCCUUCUGGGCAAUCUACUGGCCAGGAGGCCAAGCCCUGUCCAGGUAUAUCUUAGAUAACCCGGAUGCUGUCAGAAUGGGAUCAGUACUAGACCUCGGAAGUGGAUGUGGAGCAACAGCAAUCGCUGCUGUGAUGAGCGGUGCAUCCCAGGUCCUUGCUAAUGACAUCGACCCCAUUGCAGGAAUGGCCAUGGUAUUAAAUUGUGAGCUGAACAAUGUGAACCCCUUUCCUAUUCUAACUAAGAACAUCAUUGAUACAGAGCUGGACCACUGGGACCUCAUUGUCUUGGGGGAUAUGUUUUAUGAUGAACAACUUGCAAACAGUCUUCAUCGCUGGUUGAGGAAAUGCAUCAGUAUUCAUGGAACUAAAGUGCUAAUUGGUGACCCUGGGAGGCCUCAGUUUUUAGGCCACCGCAUUCACAGUCAAUUGCACAAAGUGGUAGAAUAUUCACUUCCUGAAUCCACUAGGCAAGAAAACAAUGGAUUAACCUCAAGCGUUGUCUGGAGUUACCAGCCCUGACCUCUCCAUUUCUUCAAAAACUGGAUUUAGAAGAAGUAUGGUCUUUAAAAAAAGAAAUAUGUUCUGUGUUUAUAAAGUAUGAAAAUGGAACAUUUGGGCAGAUCCUCCGCUGGUGCAAACUGCUGUAGCACCACUGAAGUCCACACAGUUAUACCAAUUCACUCCAGCUGAGAUUUGGCCCAUAGUUUGAGAGAAGCCUUACAGGCAAAUUCCACUCUCAGACAUGCAGAUGCCCCCCGCCCUGCCCCAUUGAAGCCAAUGGAAGCUAAGUGUGCGUGUUCAAAGGCUGAACAGGAUGUAACCAAAGAAAAUAAAGGUAAAUGGGGAGAGGAUAAUAGAAAUUCAGUGUAGCGGCAUGCAGCUUAGUGGGUUACCACAGAAUGUUCCUGCUCACUGCUGCACCAGUUGAUAAGAAUAUAGUUUUCAAUGUCUAGUGAAGAUAAGUUUCAGAGUAGCAGCCGUGUUAGUCCGUAUUCGCAAAAAGAAAAGGAGGACUUGUGGCAAUUUGUUAGUGAAGAUAAGUGUGUUGAACUAUCUGGCUGCUUCACAAAUUUCCUUUGCUAAUUAUGAGGCUAUUUUGUCCCAAGAAGUGACAGUUUUAUCCAGCAGCAUGUGCCUGCAGUUCCUCUGGGGGAUUUAAAUCUCCUUCCUGUGUGUAAUCCAGUUAUACAUAUCCAGGUGGAUAUAGCAUUCUUGUGAGCUUUCUAGUCUCUGCAACUAGGAUGUAUUCACGAGAAUAAAAAUAGCGUAGUCCUGUUGAUGUACAUGUUAAUAGCUCUGCAGACGUCCAAACAGUGUGGCACUAGCCCUUUUAAGACCAGUGCAUCUGUGCUGCAUCGACUGGCCCAUAUUAGGCUUUAAAAGAAGGCACUUGGGCCUGAGAAAGAGAGACACCAGGUGAGUCAGAGCUAAAAGCUGCAGGAAGCAGCAAGACUGUCAGAGUCUCCUGGCAGGAGAGACAGUGAAAGCCUGAGUAGUGAAGGGGAAAAGUCCCCUGGGGAUUGUAGCCCAGGGUGAAUUGAGAAAUUGGGCUUGCUUGUUUUUUGUUUUAAGUUUGGUCAAUAAAACUGCCCCAAAAGAGCCUGUGGGCAUGGCAGUGGAUCCUAAAUAAGCUGGAGAGAAGACCGGCCUCGUUACACACGUCUUCUGGAUUGUGCUUAGGGUGAAAGUAGAAAAAAUGGGAACACCAUGUCUUGGGAGCGUUGGUAAAUUGUGUUCCUCUUUUAAAUGAACUCUCCCAUUGACCUGUGGUAAAGUGGCUUUAGGCAUGACAUCACUACUACUUCCUUGCAUUAAUCCCAUCAAAUGGGGUCUGCUUUAUGAGUCCUCUCCCUCUGAAGUGCUCUGUUCAGUACCACGUCCUGUAUCAUACUGCAUGCUAUCCAGUCUUCCUUCAUGACAGCCACCACUGCUUCUUGGGGCAGCCUCAGUCUUUGUCUUUCAGUCUUGAUCUCUUGGACUCUCUCACCUAUGUCAUUGUCACAGCUGCACUUUGCGUGACCAAACCUACUGUGCCUGCACCCCCCCACACCUCAUUUUCUCAUGUAUGGAUAUUCCUUUGAGCCUGCAUACACAUUCCUCACAUGGUCUUUCUUGCUCCUCCCCACUCAUCCUUCUCAGCAUUCGCAUUUCUUCUUUGUUGCCCAACACUCGUUGCCAGGACAAGCCACCAUUUUAUAAGCUGUGACUUUUAAUCUUGCUGGGUCUUGGCACGACACUUCUUUCCUAGGAACUUUUUUCCCAGCCUGCCUUUCUAGAUUGGGCCUUUGAAGUCUGCAGCUGCUUGAUUUUGCCAAAUUUAAAGUGAUAAUUCUGCACCUGGUAAGAACUUCUGUGUUCCCUCUCUUAUGAGUGAAGAGCUGGCAAAUUCUUAUGUCAGAAGAAUCACUUUGUCAGCAUACAAGUGCUGCCUUGCAUAGAUCCUGCAGAGGCAGGAACUUCUGGCCAGAGAUGAAGGGGCUGGUUCCAGGACCAUGUCUGGCCCCUGUUGCCUGAUUUUUAGAGAUUAGUAUAUUGUUAUAGGCUGUCCAAUUGAUCUGACCAGAAGAUAGGAAGGUUCUUGUUCUAGACUCAGGCUACACUGCGUUCUAUAUCUUGUAAGGACCCUUUGGGGGCCUUAAACCUUGGGGUGCAUGGCAAGAACACUCACACUGAGGACAAAACAGCCUUAGAGACUUUUAUUAAAAUAAGUGAAAAGAUUAUCAAAGUUCCAAGCCACAGAAUCAAAAGGGAAUAGUACAUUUCUGGGAGUACCUUGCAGAAGUUCCUAGAUUAGCAUACUCACACCCUUCCUUGGGGACCUGGUGGUAAGAGACGAAGGACCAGCCUCAUCCCUGGCAUGCCAACUGAGUCUGAUGGUCCAGGUUCCUGAAUGCUCGAGAUUGAUGGUGAAUAAUAGAGCGGAAGGGUCAUAGAAUCAUAGAAUAUCAGGGUUGGAAGGGACCUCAGGAGGUCAUCUAGUCCAACCCCCUGCUCAAAGCAGGACCAAUCCCCAAUUAAAUCAUCCCAGCCAGGGCUUUGUCAAGCCUGACCUUAAAAAUAUCUAAGGAAGGAGAUUCCACCACCUCCCUAGGUAACGCAUUCCAGUGUUUCAUCACCCUCCUAGUGAAAGUUUUUCCUAAUAUCCAACCUAAACCUCCCCCACUGCAACUUGAGACCAUUACUCCUUGUCCUGUCAUCUUCUACCACUGAGAAUAGUCUAGAACCAUCCUCUUCGGAACCACCUCUCAGGUAGUUGAAAGCAGCUAUCAAAUCCCCCCUCAUUCUUCUCUUCUGCAGACUAAACAAUCCCAGUUCCCUCAGCCUCUCCUCAUAAGUCAUGUGUUCGAGACCCCUAAUAAUUUUUGUUGCCCUUCACUGGACUCUCUCCAAUUUUUCCACAUCCUUCUUGUAGUGUGGGGCCCAAAACUGGACACAGUACUCCAGAUGAGGCCUCACCAAUGUCGAAUAGAGGGGAACGAUCACGUCCCUCGAUCUGCUGGCUAUGCUCCUACUUAUAAAUCCCAAAAUGCCAUUGGCCUUCUUGGCAACAAGGGCACACUGUGACUCAUAUCCAGCUUCUCGUCCACUGUCACCCCUAGGUCCUUUUCUGCAGAACUGUUGCCUAGCCAUUCGGUCCCUAGUCUGUAGCGGUGCAUUGGAUUCUUCUGUCCUAAGUGCAGGACUCUGUACUUAUCCUUGUUGAACCUCAUCAGAUUUCUUUUGGCCCAAUCCUCCAAUUUGUCUAGGUCCCUCUGUAUCCUAUCCCUACCUGCCACCGUAUCUACCACUCCUCCUAGUUUAGUAUCAUCCGCAAAUUUGCUGAGAGUGCAAUCCACACCAUCCUCCAGAUCAUUUAUGAAGAUAUUGAACAAAACCAGCCCCAGGACCGACCCUUGGGGCACUCCACUUGAUACCGGCUGCCAACUAGACAUGGAGCCAUUGAUCACUACCCGUUGAGCCCGACAAUCUAGCCAACUUUCUACCCACCUUAUAGUGCAUUCAUCCAGCCCAUACUACUUUAACUUGCUGAUAAGAAUACUGUGGGAGACUGUAUCAAAAGCUUUGCUAAAGUCAAGAAACAAUACAUCCACUGCUUUCCCUUCAUCCACAGAACCGGUAAUCUCAUCAUAGAAGGCGAUUAGAUUAGUCAGGCAUGACCUUCCCUUGGUGAAUCCAUGCUGACUGUUCCUGAUCACUUUCCUCUUGUGUAAGUGCUUCAGGACUGAUUCCUUGAGGACCUGCUCCAUGAUUUUUCCGGGGACUGAGGUGAGGCUGACUGGCCUGUAGUUCCCAGGAUCCUCCUUCUUCCCUUUUUUAAAGAUUGGCACUAUAUGAGCCUUUUUCCAGUCGUCCGGGACUUCCCCUGAUCGCCACGAGUUUUCAAAGAUAAUGGCCAAUGGCUCUAAAAUCACAGGUCAAAUGAGCUCAUUCUCAAAACCUGUUACAUCUUGCCUGAACUGAUUUCUGUUUGUUACUUCUGUGUUUCUGCAGUGUACUCUGUGGUCACUGUUAAGCCUCGACUUUCUUAGGUAAACACGUCUAGUUCCCCAGAAUCUCAAAGGGUGACUGUUAGGCCAGUUAUAUAUGCCAAAAGUCACAAGCCUACUUAACCAUACUUAUGUUAACUUCCUUAAGAUAAUCAUGCAGGAUACAGGCCUGCAAGUUCCUUGCAUUACAGACAAACAGAAUAAUUCAAUACAAAAAUACAAGCCAAAUAAAAUAAAAUAAUCAAGCUAGUAAAUGAAGGGAAAAUAUAAUAAAGCAAGCCAGCAAAUUAACCCUAUAAAGCAAGUCAGCGGCUUAAACCUAUAGGCUACACCCCUUCCUGACAGCUCUAGGGGCUUGUCUACUCUACCGCUUAAGUAGAUGUAACUUAAGUUGCUCAGGGGUGUAAAAAGCGAGUGCCCCUGAGUGACACCCGUUACACCAACGUACAGUGGUGUCCACACUGUGCCAUAGCUGUGGAAGACACCCUCCCGCCGCCAUAGCUUCUGCCUCUCCUUGAGGUGGAAUAAUUAUGCCCACAGGAGCGUGUUCUCCCAUCAGCAUAGCGUGUCUUCACCAGAUGCACUACAGUGGCACAGCUGCGCUGGGAUAGACACUAGUGUAGACUAGCCCCUAAGCGUCUCCAAGGACGGGACCCGAUCAGUGAGUAAGAGUCAGUGGACAUACUCGCUCGAAGGGGAAUCUGAUAUUUUCAAAGAAAGCCUAGCACUAUUGAGCAACCGUAUGAUAAUAAAACUAUUGUGCAAAGACAGUGGAGGAACAAUGAUUGGAGCAGGAAAUGGACCUUCUGUUUCAAGCUCCCACACAGUGAUUACUGCAAGUUUAAAAAAAGCGGUGAAAAUAUUUGUCAUUUUGAUAACCAUGCUGUCUGCGGUGGGAGCAUCUGCCAACCUGACACGCUGUUCUGGGAGGUGUGCUGCCUGCCAGGAGCCUGUGUCUGAGAUAUUAUGGAAAGGUUGCUGUGGCUCACCCAUUGCUACCCGCUGCUGCUCAUCCACCUGGGUACUAAUAAUAUUGCCAGGUCUGUCCCUGAGCAGAUCAGCAGUGACUACAGGCCUUUGGGAGCUAGACAGAAGGGGUCAAGGGUGUAGGUUGUAUUCUUGUCCAUCCUCCCAGAUGAGGGUAAGGGCCCAGGCAAGGGCACACACAUACUGAAGAUGAAUGCAUGGCUCUGUAGAUAGUGUUAAAAGGAGGGCUACGGCUUCCUCAACCAUGUAGUGCUGUUCUGGGAAGAAACAGGGGCCGCCUGACCAAGAAAGGGAAGAGCAUCUUUGUGCACUGACUCACCAACCUAGUGAGAGCUUUAAACUAGGUUCAAAGCCCACAAGUAAAUAUAAAAAAGUGAUGUUAAUGGAGGUUAGAUGUUGGUGGGACAUGGAAAAUUACAAUAGGGCCAUAGGAGCAACAAGAAGGAAAUCAGUGAGGGAAGCUGCUCAAUAUCUCAGAUGUCCAUACACCAAUGCAAGGAGUAUGGAGAAUAAAUGGGAAGAACUGGAAGUAUUAGCGUACAUAAGCUAAAUUAUGACUUAAUUGGCAUCACAGAGACUCAGUGGGAUAAAUCUCAUGACUGGAAUAUUGGUAUAGCGGGGUAGAGCUUGUUCAAUAAGGACAGGCGGAGUAAAAAAGGGAGCAGGUGUAGCAUUAUACAUCAAGAACGUAUACACUUGUUCUGAGGUCCAGAAGAAGGUGAGGGGCAGACCCGUUGAGAGUUUCUGGUUAAAAAUAAAAGAGGUAAAAAUAGAGGUUAAAAAAUAGAUGUCAUGGUAGGGUUGUCAGUAGACUACCAAAUGAGGAAGAGGAGGUGGAUGAGGCAGAUCUAGAACAAACAAGAGAAAUAUCCAAAACUCAAGACCUGGUGGUAAUGGGCGAUUUUAAUUUCUGGGGUUAUUAGAGGAUCACAAAUUGAAUGAGAGUCAACAAUCUGAUGCAGCUGCCAAAAAGGCUGGUAUAAUUCUGGGGUGUAUCAACAGGAGUGUUAUAUGUAAGAUGCGGUAGGUAAUUGGCCUGCUCUACUCAGCACUGGUGAGAUCUCAGCUGGAGCAAUUCUGUCCAAUUCUGGGCGCCGCACGUCAUGAAAGAUCUGGACAAAUUGGAGAGAGUCCAGAGCAGAGUAACAAAAAUGAUAGAAGGUUUAUGACAAAUGGAUGAAAAAACUGGCCACGCUUAGUCUUGAGAAAAGAAGACUGAGGGGACGACCUGAUAGCAUUCUCCAAAUAUGUUAAGGGCUGCUAUAAAGAGGACAAUAAUCAAUUGUUCUCUACGUCCACUGAAGGCAAGACAAGAUAUAAUGGGCUUAAUCUGCAGCCAGGCAGAUUUAGGUUA